AACCAUAUGUUCAACAACCAGUCUAUAAAUUUCUUGGCACGAGGACUCCUUUGAGAUCCGAAAUUUGUCCUUCACCAGUUGUUGCAGGUUUACGAGAAAAAUACGAGGGAUUAAGAGAAUCAUUAAAUCCGCUUCACGAGGUUGCCAAAAAGGCAGCUUACAUUGAUACAUUGAUCUAUUUGUUGAGAGAACAAGGAUUCGAAUUUCAUCAAAGUCUUGAUGGUGAGCAUCAACUUAUUGAUUUAAUUGGGAAAAAAGAGGUCAAGAUUAAGGUAAUUGACGAUUCGAACGCUGAAGACGAAAUCAACGGAAGUGUCAACGAAGAUCAUGAUUCUGAUGAGAUUGAUGAAACACGUAAUACGAUCAAACUAUCGCCAUCGAAUCGAAAACGUAUGGUGCAUUACGAUACUACACAUAAAAGAGAAAAUACUGGCAAGAUGAUUAAUAAUCAUAAGAAAAUAGCGGUUAGAAAAGACGAAAAAAUCACUUCUUUGGGUCACCAUUAUUCGGUUGAAUCGCCUACUGUAAAAACUAAUGCUAUCAAGAGGGCAAUUACUACAAACUACAAUGGUAACAUUCGUCGUCCUUAUUCUCAAAUUAGAACAUCAAGUACUCGAAAAGAUAUUUCUCAGCAUGACAGUAGUUCUAGAGAACCUAUGAACAGCAUGAAAUCUCCAAGUAAAAAAUUGAAUAAGACUUCUGCGCUUUAUGUACCACCUGAUUUAGCUUAUGUAGAAGUGCCACGCAUUUCCGCAAAGCUUAAAGCGAUGUAUAUCAAAGUUUAA